GUCUGCAGGCCCCUGCAGUGAGAGCGGUGCAUCCGGAGGAGAGCUGGCCGGCCGGGGAGGUGGAGGACGGGGAGAGAAGAGGAAGGAGGCUCCGGGAGCAAGCGAGACAAAAAAAAGGAGAGCCGAGAGAAGAGGGAUCAUCUCUCAUUUUUUUUCUUUUUUUGUUCCUUUGAGUUUAUUUUCACCUCAACAUCUCCAUUGUCGCCCCAUUAUCCCUUACACCCAUUACCCCCCAUCCCCAUAACACGCUCAAGGAUGCCGUCCAACACGGUCACCAACACCAACACCACAGCUUUCAAAGGCUCAGACUAUGCUGAUUCACCUGGAAACAGAAUGGGUGAAAGCACAAUACUGGACAUGGACCGGAUGAAGGAGAAGUCGCCGAAAAGCAGUCCCUCUUGUAAAGUUGGCAAGCUUGUAAGAAAGCGCAAGCAGUUUCCAGUCGAGGGCUGUGGCUCUGUCAAAGGCGUCCUGGGAGUGGGCAACAGCUACACCGGAGUGGGUAGGCCGCCCAUGGCACAGGUCCACAACGGAGACGUGGGCGGGCACAGAGACAGGACGCCCAACGCUUGCUUCCCCAAACAGGAGAGGAGAGAAGAGGAGAACGGGAUCCUCAGAGAGCCUUCCUCCUGCCGGGUGGAGGGCAGCUCCCAGGGUCAGAGUCCGAGUCCGUCCCCGGAGGACGGGUUCCUGCUCGGCCGGGAGGACCAGGACUCGGAGAGAGACCGGGAGGACGGCUCGACGACGCCGUGCAAGAAACGAGGGAGGCGGAAACUGGAGCGCCCAACCAAAUAUGUGGAGCACAAGGAGGAGGACAGGCGGGAAGCAGUCAAGACCGAGCAUAAACAGGCAGGUCGAGGCAGGAGGGGAGUUGGUUGGGAGAUCAGCCUUCGUCAGAGGCCCAUGCCCAGAAUAACCUUCCAGGCUGGUGACCCUUAUUACAUUAGCAAGAGGACCAGAGAGGAAUGGCUGGCCAAGUGGAAGAUGGAGGCAGAAAAAAAGUCCGAACUGAUGUCAGCAAUGAACGCGAUGAAGGAUCCCGAGGAGAAUGAAACAGAGACUCAGGUAGAAGACGUCUCAAUAAUCCAGCACCCAUCCCCUUUAAAGCAGCAGCAGCACACUCAGUCACAGCCUCAGAGUCAACAGCAGCCACAGCCGUCGCUACCACAACAACAACAGCAACAGCAACAACAACAACAUCAGCAGCCACAGCCGCCUCAGCAGCCUACUGACCCCGCUUCCCCCACUGUGGCCACGACCCCCGAACCCGUCGCCAUCGACGACGGAGACAAGACGUCCCCUAAGCCUGCGGACACUGAGCCGGAGUACGAGGACAGUCGUGGUUUUGGCAUUGGCGAGCUGGUGUGGGGAAAGCUGCGCGGCUUCUCGUGGUGGCCGGGCCGCAUCGUGUCCUGGUGGAUGACGGGACGCAGCAGAGCUGCCGACGGAACCAGAUGGGUGAUGUGGUUCGGAGAUGGAAAGUUCUCAGUGGUUUGUGUAGAGAAACUCAUGCCUUUAAGUUCCUUCAGUAAUGCCUUUCACCAACCGACUUACAACAAGCAGCCCAUGUACAAGAAAGCCAUUUAUGAGGUGCUACAGGCGGCUAGCAGCCGAGCGGGAAAAUCCUUUACGGCCUGUCCAGACAGUGACGAGACAGACACCUCGAAAUCAGUUGAAAUGCUGAACAAGCAGAUGAUUGACUGGGCUAUGACAGGAUUUCAACCCACUGGACCAAAGGGUUUAGAGCCUCCAGAAGAGGACCGUAACCCAUAUAAAGAGGUCUACCCUGAGAUGUGGGUGGAGCCUGAGGCAGCAGCAUACACGCCCCCGCCGGCCAAAAAGCCUCGCAAAAGCACGGCAGAGAAACCCAAGGUCAAGGAUGUCAUUGACGAGAGGACACGAGAACGGCUUGUUCAUGAAGUGAGACAAAAGUGCCGCAGCCUAGAAGACAUAUGUAUCUCCUGUGGAAGUCUGAAUGUGAGCCUGGAGCACCCGCUGUUUGCCGGAGGAAUGUGCCAGAGCUGUAAGAACUGCUUCCUAGAAUGUGCAUAUCAAUAUGACGACGAUGGUUACCAGUCCUACUGCACUAUCUGCUGCGGAGGACGGGAGGUGCUCAUGUGUGGAAACCACAACUGCUGUCGGUGUUUCUGUGUGGAGUGUGUCGACCUCCUCGUGGGUCAGGGAGCGGCCCACGCGGCCAUCAAAGAGGACCCGUGGAACUGCUUCAUGUGCGGUCAGAAGGAUGCGUUCGGCCUCCUGGGCCGUCGCAGUGACUGGCCCAACCGGCUCCAGCACUUCUUUGCAAACAAUCAUGACCAGGAUUUUGAGACACCAAAUAUUUACCCCCCAGUUAUGGUGGAGAAGAGGAAGCCCAUUCGUGUCCUGUCUCUAUUUGACGGCAUAGCAACAGGGCUAUUGGUGCUGAAAGAACUUGGCAUUGAAGUGGAUCGCUACAUAGCUUCCGAAGUGUGCGAAGACUCCAUCACUGUGGGCAUCGUCCGGCAUCAGGGUCGCAUCAUGUACGUCGGCGACGUGAGGAAUGUCACGCGCAAACACAUACAGGAGUGGGGUCCUUUUGACCUAGUUAUUGGUGGAAGCCCAUGCAAUGACCUCUCCAUAGUCAAUCCUGCUCGGAAAGGUCUUUUUGAGGGCACCGGCCGCCUGUUCUUUGAGUUCUACAGGCUUCUCCACGAGGCCCGGCCAAAAGAGGGGGAUAACCGGCCUUUCUUCUGGCUCUUUGAAAAUGUGGUUGCCAUGGGCGUCAGCGAUAAGAGGGACAUAUCUCGCUUUUUAGAGUGCAACCCGGUGAUGAUCGACGCCAAGGAAGUGUCUGCUGCCCACCGCGCCCGCUACUUCUGGGGUAACCUCCCUGGCAUGAACAGGCCUUUGAGUGCUAUGUUCAAUGACAGGGUGGACCUCCAGGACUGUUUAGAACACGGCAGAACGGCAAAGUUUGGCAAGGUGAGGACCAUCACCACCAGGUCUAAUUCAAUCAAGCAGGGCAAGGACCAGCACUUCCCUGUCUACAUGAACGAGAAGGAAGACAUCCUCUGGUGCACCGAGAUGGAAAGGAUCUUUGGCUUCCCAGUCCACUACACGGACGUGUCCAACAUGAGCCGACUGGCGAGGCAAAGGCUCCUGGGCCGAUCGUGGAGCGUACCAGUUAUCCGCCACCUGUUUGCACCACUCAAAGAUUACUUUGCCUGUAACUGAACCGCGAGAAAUCCUUCUCGCAAACAUGUAGGAACUACAACUGUAUGAAAUAAGAGCCUUGAUCCUCGAAUUAUACUCUUGUAUAAUUUGCAAGCGAAACGUUGACGUAGAUUUCACAUUACUUCUUGUGUUUGAAUUGUAAUUCUUAUUCUAUUUAAUUUUGAUAUGUCAUUUACCUUUUAGCAGUGUUAUCAAGUAUUGAUGAAUUGUUUGUGCAAGCUAUACUUGAGACUAUGCUUUCUUCUCACGACACUGAGACAGAAAAGUGCUGAACACGCGUGUUUUGAAAGAGACGGCAAUGCGAUGGGAAAGACCCGACAGAUAGGAAAGAACCUGCAGAUAGGAAAGGUUUUUCUUCGAGAUAUGUGAAAUGUUUCUGCUGUGUGAGCGUACUGUACGUGCGGCCAUGCUUCCAGCUACUGAGCCUCACGGAGAUGUGAAGAGAAAGAUAAUUGUCUUCAGUGUCAGGGAAGCUGCCUCUCUAAGAAUCCAAAACACCAGAUCACAUAUACCUCUUUGUUUACAGUUUAUACACACAACUGAAGGUAAUAAAGGUACUACUGUAAUAUGGUUACAAUACCAUGGUGCUCCAAGGUGAUGAGAAACAUCAUGGCCCGCGUGGCGCUCCCAACUUUAGAGAAUGCGGAGCUCUUUAACCUGUUGCUGGAAAAACUUGUGUUUGAUUUUCAGAAAGAAAACCAAUUGGGUUUGAUGACAGUAGAAUGCAAACUAGAGCGCGUGCUCUUUUCUGCUUUUCACGGCUCUUACCCAGUUUGUACCGUUGCUUUAUUUAAUCUCUCAGCCUCGCCUCCUGAAUCUGCACAAACCGAGUGAAGCCACCCGCGUGGGCCAUGAUGUUUAUUGUCACUCAAAAAGAAAAAGAAAAAAAAAAAAAACCUAAGAUCUACGUCUGUGAAACUAUUUUUUUCUAGUUUCAUCCUGAACAAUGAUAUUACUGUACAACUGGGUGGUUGCUGGAGGGAGGGAGGGGUGACCGGGCCGGGUACUCUCCUCAUCAACUUCCACCUCUCUAAACUGAAAAACUGUCCGGUGCAAAUCCUCAACAAUAUGGUGCGGCUUCACACAGUUCUUCUACCUUUUUAUAGCAAUUCUGUGCUGUUUUAUUAACAUUAUAAAGCACUUUUAUAUGUAUCCUUUUUUCCCCUUGAUAUUUCAAAAAAAAGUUAUUGGUUCUUGUGAAUUGUUUUAUGAUGUGAACUGAUCUACCCUUGUGUAAUACUUUUUGUAUACAGUAGGGCUGUGCCAAUAGAAGUGAAAUAAUGGAUUUUGAUAUGUGAAACCCAUGUUAUUUGACUCCCGUGUACAGUCGAUGGAUUGACAUUUGCAAACCCAAACCCCUUUCCCUUAGUCCAUCAUCAAUAUUUUUCCCUGUUGAAAGGCAGCGAUUCCGUGUGAUACUACCCAGGGUCAAAGAAUGUCUAUUUCUUUUAAGAUUGUAAAAUGUAAGGCAGAGUUAGGGAACUAUGUCAUGCGCUUUGUAUAAUAUUUUUGCCAUUUCCCUGGUAAAUCGUAGUCGUCAUGUUGACAAAUUUAAGUGCUGAUCCAAAUUUGGAUUGCUUUCACAAACACAAUUCUCUUGAUUGUAACCUCUGAGAUCAAUAUGGAGGAUUUAGGCAACAGUUUGUCAAAACGAAAAACUGACAGUGACAAGUGUUCGACGAAGAUGUCGCCACUCAAAGAGUAAAAAGGCUGAUAGCAACAGACGUUAUCGCUUAUCUAUAUCAUAUUUAAGAUUCUAAAUUUGAAAUUUAAUUUCUUAAUGUAAUUAAUUUCUUAAGUGACCUUAUUGCCAUAAUUUUUGUCCAUGCACAGUGGGCUCAAAAUGAGCUCUUGUGCUUUGUGAUACUUUUAACAAGCUGUUAUUUUCCCUUCCCCAUUUAAUACUUCAAAUCCCCACAUGUUUGUACAUUUUGUACAUAGAGUUUUCUGGUUGCUGUUUUUUCAAUUUGUUUUUAUCUUCUUUUUUUUUCAUCACGUAUGAGAUGUACAAAUAUAAUUCUUUGCUAAUAUAUAUCAUCAAAUUAGAACGAAAUCUUAGGUUAAAAAUAAAAAAUCAAGUGAUAAAUUUGAUUCAAAACUUGCUUCGAGCAUUAGAUGUAGGGAGACUCCAAGUCGACUAUUGUACUGGUUUGUUUGUGUCCAGUGAAUACAGAUAUCAAUGUCAUGUGAUCUUUAUAGUGGCCUAUGGACAGCUUUAAGAUGAACGCUCUCGACUUCACUGCACAGCCCUACAUGGUGGUGUUAUUUUGCAUCUAUUUCCUUUUGUAAGACCUUAAAAAGAGGAAUUGUCGGUAUUUCUGAUGGUGCUAUACAUCUAAUCUAAACAAGAAGAAUAUAUUUGAUUGGAAGAUGAAUACUAUCUUGACAAUGACUGUUUUUAAGUUCCUCUAAGUAACGCAAAAUAACUAUUAUUUCACUCAUAUAAAUAUAUUAACAAAGGCAUUUUAACUUUGUACUUGAAAAAAUAAGGAUAACAAACAAUGAAAGGUUUCCUAUAUUGUUUUAGAAUAGCGAUUGCUGUAGUUGGUGCUUAUUUGUGGGAAAAGUGUGUGAGAAAAAAAAGACAGUAAUGACUUUUACUGUAGCAUAAUAUAUGCUUAAAACGCAUUGCUUCUUAAUCCUACAUUCCAUGCCAUAAUAUUCUCCAUGUCUGUUUUCAAAAUAUUGUUUUGAAUUGAUGUUUUUUUUCUUUUUAUAUAUAUAUAUCAGAAACAACAUUUGAGUUUUACUGUUCAAGUCAGGUCAAUAAUCGUUCUGUGAUACUGUUGACACUCUGUGACUUUCGUUCUGUCAUAACUGUUUAUGGCCGAUACGCUUUCCCUGAAGACCAGUUCGUACAGCAAAUGUAGCAGUCAUUCUCCACUUUGACCGAACAUCCCAUACUUAAGUUUAGUGUCCAGAGAGAUGAUAGAGGCUCCGUAUGUACUUGUGCUGGAGAACACUUGAAUAAAUGUACUGUUUUUGUGCUAAAGUC